AUGUCCACCUCCAGCGUACUUAUAGAUGGCACUGGGACGCUGCCUUUCUCGGUAACAUUAUACGAGAUUGGCUCGAUAUCGGUUUCGGCUGGCCCUAGCACCAGUGACAGAAGUAGCAGCAGCAGCAGCAGCAGUAGUAGUGGCGCCACCAAAAGAAAUGCUCUUAGCGUUUCGCGCUGUGAAUUGAUGAGAAAAAGAAAGUGUCCCGCGAACGAACGUGUGUUUCUCUACACCAAACCGAGCCGCCAACGGGUGAAAAAUCAACAGAGGGACGAGCAGAGACACUAUAAGGGGUGCGUCAUGAGUGCACCGGAGGGUACCGGUGGUGGUGGUAUUGGGGAUAAAUCGUCCUCAGCUUCGUCCUCGGUCGGCGGUGGAGGUGGCAAACCGGUGUCAUCCGGUGGUGGUGGCGGGGCGGCGGCGGCCACUACGACGAUACCGAUCGAUUUGGCCUCGGCAUCCAAAGUUUUGGUGCGCACCGAUAAAACAACGAUGCCCACAACGACGUACAGAAUCGGUUCCGCACCCGGCAACCAGAUGCGUGUGGUCAUUCCGAGCAGUGCAGCGCAGCAGACGUACUACCGGCAACCGGCAAACAUUAAGCAAGAUACGACGACAAAUCGGACACAGAUCAGUGCCCUGUCGGCGGCUCGUACCGUCGUCACGCAGACCGCUUCGCUGACCGUGUCCCGGGCACAAACGACCACACCGACCACCGUUUCGUAUCACGUCUCGAACCGCUGCGUGCCGGCGACACCGAUCGUGACGGCCAACCUGCCCCCGGGAGCGGUCCGGGCGACGACCAUCAACGGGCCGAUCCGUAUCUCAACGCCACCGAUUCAGGUGGCCACCAACAAUAGCGCUAGCGGCGCAAACAGUGGCACCAGUGCCGGUGUCGUUAGCACCGGAGGCAGCACGACCUACGUCCGGAUGCCGCCGAAUGUGUUGCCGGCACGGAGUAGUGCGCAGGCGGCGGCAGCAGCAACCACGGCCACCAUUAUCUCGCAAAGCAACCACAACAACAGCACGACGACGACGCUCGUGCCAAACUUUCAAAUGUCCGCCCAGCUUAUACGAGCCACCGGCGCAGGAACGGUGGCCGUGACGGGCGGUGGGGCUGCCGGCGUGGGAGGAGGCGUGCCGAGGGCACGUGUUGUGACGCAAACCACCAUACCCACCAACCACCAUCCGGUGGUGGUGGCCAGCGGAGGCACGGCAACCCCAUUGGCCGUGGUAAACAGUUCGACACCAACCGUCGGCGGCUCACAGGGGGUCGGUGGCGGCGGAGGACAACAGACGGGUGUGGCCGUGAGCAACACGUCGCCCCAAGCGUUUGUCGCCACCCUGUCCACCGUCCUGCAGGCACCGCGUCAAGUUUCGACCCUCGUGUACACCAACAACAGUGCCACGCAGCAGUACACGAUCGGUCCGAAUCAGCAGCAGCAGCACCGGUUGGCGCUGGCCACCACCACCCUGUCGCCACAGCGACCCACCACGCUGGGUGGCGUCGGGUUGAGUACCCCGGGUACGGGAGGCAUCCGUCCGACGAUACAACGCCUUCCGACGGCCGGCAUUCGCGUGAGUAACUUCCGGCCACCGGGGCUCGCUUCAACCACCGUCCUCACGACGAUCGCCUCCGGUGUUCCGGGCGUUUCCGGAACGGUCACUAAUUCCUCCCAGUCCGCCGGGCAACAGCAGCUGCAACAGCAACGGACGGUGGCCACCGGGACCGUCGUGGCGCCGAACAUUUCGAACGCCAUUCCGGCGCGCAUUAUUCAGGUGCAAAAUCCCGCCAGCGGAACGGCCGGAACGGCGCAGAUAGUGAACGGACGGAUACAGACCAAUCUGCUCAACAUUCAGCCCCUGAUUGUGAGCAGCCAAAAUCGCCUCGCUGGCGCUGGGCCAGCGGGAACUGGUGGAGGUUUGCAGCCGGCAGCGGGCCUCACGAUCGCACAGGUUGGCAAGCUGACACAGGUGGCCACUGGUGCGGGCAAUGAUCCGAUAACGACAUCGGCGGCUACGGCCACCUUGCAGACGGCUUCCGGACAACAGAUCGUCGUCAGUACUACGGGCCCCGGUGGAGGUGCAUCGCCUGCGGCCACACUGAUAGCGGGCAAUCUGAUCGGAAGUGGAGGCACGACGCAUCAUGGAGGACAAAUUACGCACCAAAUCGUAGGGAUGAACGCACCGACCGUGGUUUCGGUGGCCACGGGUGCCGGAGCGGCCGGUGCGGUUGGUGCCGGGGGUGCUGGAACGGCAACGACGGUCAUUCCGAUCCCGCUCGCCCUGACCGGUGCCCGUCAAGCGACCGUAGGUGCGACCAGUGGCCAUAGUCCACUCAGUAUCGUGACUGGACCGACGGGCGGUGCGUCAUUAGGCGGAAUCGUGCGAACCGGUGGCACCUCCGGUGUUGUAGGUACCGGAACGGCCACUUCGAUCGCGUCCGUUCUGCCCAUAGCAAAGGUGACGCCCCAACAGCAGCAACAGCCCCUCGUGACGAGCUUAGUCGAAACGAAUGUCCCGAACACGGCGGCGGCGGCACUCCAUUACUCGGUCGCCAGUGGUGUGGUCGGAGCUGGCCCAUCAUUGUACAUCCAAACGCGGCCCGGUGUGGCAUCGGGCGGUACAAUGACGGUAGCCACGAGCGGUAGUGUCGGAGUGCCAAAGGGCCCCGCUGGAGCGACCCUCAGUGUAGUGUCAUCGACGGGAACGGGAGGUGGCACUGGAGGUGGCACUUCCGGUGCAGGUGCUUCGGCCACAACGUUCCUGCCCACUUCGACCUUCUACUACGAACGGUUAACUUCUUCGCCUGCCGCGGGCCCUGUCUCGAUUGCGGCGGCCACAAGUGGCGUCGGUGGCACUUCCGGCUCGGCCGUAACGCUCUCCUCUUCGACGGCCAUCACCACGACGAGUACCAUAAGUGGGCCCGUGUUUUCGAUCUCUUCUUCCUCGAGCGUGAUCAGCAGCAGUGCCAGCAAUAGCAAUAGUUCCGUCAGUUCCGCCAUCCAGAGCCAAUCCGGUGGCCCCCACCAUUCGGUUGUGUCUUCGCUGACGAGCUACGGAGCGUCUGGUUCGUUUGCGAUCGUCCAAGCGGCGCCCGGUGGUGGCCAGGGUGGAAGAGCUACACUCACGAGUGGACCGAUCCAUGGCCUCGUACCGGCCUCGCUGGCCAGUGCUGGUGGUGCCGGUGGAAACGUCGUCAGUACGACCGUCGGCGGAAGCAUCGUCUCGGUUUCCCGGGACCCUUCGGCAGCGAUCGUUCCGAUUCGCUUCCAUCCUCAGCUGCUGGUCGACGCUAGUGGCCAUCACCAGGCGCAGCAGAUCAUUGUCUCGAGUUCCGCUGGACCGGGGGGAGGAAGCACGGCCACGAAUAUUGUCCCUUUGAUACCGGUGAACGCCACGUCGAUUAACGUGACCAGCACAAGCACGACCGGCGCUGGUAGCAAGCAGCACCAGGUGGAAUCGCCCCAAUCGAGCAUCCUUCGCAAGCGGGCCCUCGAGGGGACACUGAAGACGCUGGCCACACCGGCCGCGGGUAGAGAUCUCACGCAGGCACUGAUAGCGGUCGAGAAGCAGCAGCAGCAACAGGAGCUCACGCUCCAACUGUUGCAACAACACUCGGCACUGCAACACCAACCGAUGGAGCUGCGUGGCGAGCUGAUUGGUUCUCCGAUGUCGCCCUCGAGGCCACCGUCCAGCGAUGGGUCCACCACGGUCAGUGCAACGUCCACCCCGGGGCUGGAUGAUCAGGAGGAUGGCGAAAUGCGACCGAUACCGUUUCGCAACAGUCACGGCGGUACAUCGACGGCUCUGGUUCUCGAUGGAGGACACUUUAAACCGGUUCAGGAAGAACUGCCACACUUCCAGCAGCAGCAACAACACCAUCUGCCUCGGGAACUAGCUUACCCUCACCAUCACCAUCAUGGGGAAGGCUUCAUCACAACACAGAGCGCUGCCAGCAGCAGUGCGCAAACGGUCACUCAGAUUGUGAACCAUAUGGCGGCAGUUGGCAGCAGCAGUGCCGCUGGAAACGGUAGCAGCUACGAACAGUCAUCGGCGCGCAAGAAGGCGCGCAAACAGCUGCUUCAACCAAUGGGCGACAGCGGAACGGUUGGCGCUGCCGGCGGUUCUUUGAUGAAAUCGAGUUCCUCUUCAUCGUCUUCAUCUUCCUCGGCCGCCACCACCGGUAUGGCCACAGGACAAACGUCCUCGCAGCAACAGCAGCAAGUGUUUAUGGCACAAGAUCACGUCGAUGGUGUUACGAUCGGUGCAGAUGGUUCAUCGUACGCCAUGAGUACGGCUGGGCCAGGAAUCGUCAUACUUACGACCGGCGGUGCACAGCACCAUCUGGCCACCGGUAGUCAUAAGCAUAAUAGUGUGUCCGGAGCGGUACCGAAGCCGAUUGGUGGUGCCGGCAGUAGUAAUAGUAGCAGCAGUCUCCAUAACAACGUUAAACUAGAACCACCGACCGCGGCGAGUGGCCAACAGCAGCAGCAGCAGCAAGAUGCUGGAGCGGCACCAGCACCGCAACCCGGUGGUGGUUCUGUGCCAUCCACGAAACCGAUCGUCAGCUCAUCGAGAAAGACGAAUAACGUUAGUUUACUGCAGUCGUACAAACAAACGUGGAAAGCGGCCAACAACCACUUUCAGCGAUACACCGAUGUGAAGCAGCGCGAGGAGCGCCGACCGACCGUGAUGGACAUUGCGAACCAAUCGCACAUCCUGCAGAAGGUGAACGGCUGGAAGAUCUAUCAUCUGAGCGCGCAGAUUGAAGAGCUGUGCGAUUUGGAAUCUCAGGCGUACGGUAAGCUGGCGCAGAUGCUACGCUCGAUGGAAGCGAGCGGGAGCGGCAGCAGCAGCAGUAGCAGCUCAGCGAGCGGUAGUGUCAGUUCCAUUAAGUCGUCUUCAACCGACAUCGAACGAAUCAACGAUCUGCUGAAGGGCAACAUGCAACGCAGCAAGAUCGUGAUGGACGGCAUUAACGAGGCCCGCACGCAGAUCAUGAAAAUCUUCGACCACAAACCGCGCGUGUCCGACAUCAUUCUGCGGUGCGCGUCGAAGCGGAACUUCAAGAAGCGAGAAAAAACGUAAACGGUGCCGGAAUAGCUCAAAUUUUAACACCAUUCUGCAUCACUGCGUUUGGAGGGCAGCGCCGCGGAGCAGAUGAAUCAUUCAUUCAAACAGUUUUUAGGUGGCCGCCCGUGGUUAGUAUUAUUGGGGUUUGCACAGGUAGCUAAGGGGAAGAGCCCACACGCAGAGUAACGCAGUAACUUUUAAGUUUUGAGUCCAUUGUUAGUAGCUCACCAGCUCGAGUAAUGACUACUCUCUGUACACAGAUAGGCAGGAUGUGAUUUUAGAAAAGGACUGAUUCGCCCUUGGAUCUUCGGUUGGUCAGUGAUAAGGGUGAAGGGUACGUUUUAAGACCCUCCUUUUUGUGUCAUACCCUGCUCACAAGGAUGAACCUUCGAUUGUAGCGGGGGGUUUUCUUCUUGGGAACUGCAUCUGGCGACUAGAGGAGUUCUUUCCUUACUUUCAACGCAGCAAUGCAAUUGGCCCCUUGUGUAUAAAGUUAACGUUAAGAAUAACAAAGCUUUUUCUUAUUUUUACAAAACAAUUUAUGAGCAAAGUCCAAACAAACGUUGUCUUUGGAUUUCUCCUUUUCGAAUACUAAAAAAAGGAAUGUUUAAGACCCUAGGUUUAAGAGAAAUAGAGAGAGAGAAUGGCUAUUUUAAGGGCGAUAUUGUGGAAAGUGCAGCAAUAUAUCGUGAUACAGUUGCUGUCGGGAAGGUAGCAAGCAGUAUGCAAUUGAGCGAUAAGUUUUUACUUUUUGUAACUUUUAAUUCGUAGAACUGUAAGCGCCACCGUGUGUCAAGAAAUAGUCAGGAUCGUUUAGUAAAAGGAUUUCUAACACAAACCCCCGAGGGCACGUUUGUAAAAAUAAUUCUAUCUGCAGUGCCGGUUGUGUGGUUAGGAAAAAAACGACGAAUGAU